GAAGAAGAAGGGUUGUUUGGUAUCGUAUCAGCUGAGAGCGCACACAGCACAGCUGCCAUCAAGGCUAGUCUCACAGGCUUUUCAUAUUUCUCAGCCUUAUCCCUGCGACCCAAUAACUGUGAGCAUGUUGGCCGUCAGAACCGCUCUGCGCCUGGGUUGCACACGGUGCCUGUCCCCGCUUCAGGGGCUCCAGAGACGGGGCUGCGCAGGAGCCUCCAUCCCAGUAGACGACGUGGUAAACGGUCUCACGGACGAACAGAUUCAGCUUCGACAAAGUGUCCGCAAAUUCUGUGCUGAACAAUUAGCUCCUUAUGCUGAUGAGAUUGACAAGACAAAUGAGUUUCCACAAAUGAGAGAUUACUGGAAAGCCAUGGGUGAGAUGGGCCUCCUUGGCAUGACUGCUCCAGUGGAGUAUGGGGGCACUGGGCUGGGUUACUUGGACCAUGUGAUUGUGAUGGAAGAAAUGUCCCGAGUGUCAGCAGCCAUUGCUUUGAGUUAUGGUGCCCACUCCAACCUCUGUGUCAACCAGAUGGUCCGCCACGGCAACGAGAAACAGAAGGAGAAGUAUCUACCCAAGCUGCUAAACGGGGAGCAUGUAGGAGCACUGGCUAUGAGUGAACCAAAUGCUGGAUCUGAUGUCGUUUCCAUGAAGCUCAAAGCCAAGAAGAAAGGUGACUACUAUGUUCUUAAUGGUAACAAGUUCUGGAUCACGAACGGGCCAGAUGCUGAUGUCCUCAUUGUUUAUGCUAAAACUAUCCCGGAGGCCCAUCAAAAAGGAAUUACUGCUUUCAUUGUGGAAAAGGGGAUGCCAGGAUUUUCUACAGCACAGAAACUGGACAAACUUGGCAUGAGGGGCUCCAACACAUGUGAGCUGAUCUUUGAAGACUGCAAAAUCCCAGAGGAAAAUGUCCUGGGACCUCUGAAUAAAGGCGUGUAUGUCAUGAUGAGUGGGCUCGACCUGGAGAGGCUUGUUCUGUCAUCUGGACCAAUUGGGAUCAUGCAAGCUGUCCUUGACUUUGCUGUGCCCUACCUACACGUACGAGAGGCCUUUGGACAGAAGAUUGGACACUUUCAGUUAAUGCAGGGAAAGAUGGCAGAUAUGUACACCAGGCUGAGUUCCUGUCGACAGUAUGUGUAUAAUGUAGCCCGAGCCUGUGAUAAGGGGCACUUUAGUGCAAUGGACUGCGCUGGAGUCAUCCUGUACUGUGCCGAGAAUGCCACACAGGUUGCCUUGGAUGGUAUUCAGUGUCUAGGUGGAAAUGGCUACAUCAAUGACUACCCAAUGGGGAGGUUUCUGAGGGACGCUAAACUGUACGAGAUUGGAGCAGGCACCAGUGAGAUCCGCCGUCUCAUCAUCGGAAGGGCCUUCAACUCCAUGUUCAGAUAGGAGUGGACUGACCCCUCAUGAGUGAAUGCAGAGUUACUGACACCAACAGCCUUAUAUUCCUGUGAUUUUUUUACAUUUACUUUUACAGAGAACAGAAAUCAACUGGUCAUUUGCACCCAUACAAUGAAAUAUGGUUUUGUUUAGUUUUUUUGUCUACGAAUGCAUUUGGUCAGUAGUAAUGAUUUCAGUUUUUCUGCACUUCUGAACUAACACUCCCAUCUAAGCUACAAAAAGUUUGGGUUAAAUUUUGUAAAAUGUCAGCCCAUGCACAGUAUUUAUGGUAAAGAAAGUUCAUUCAUAAAAGUGGACACUGGACUUUGAGCAGUGGCUGCAAAUGCUCUGAGCUGUAAAUGAUAUAGUAGGCUGAAAAUAUAAGUUGCCGAUGAGAAUAAUGUAGAUAAUGUGUUUAACAACUGUUUCUCUGUUCCUUGUAUUUGUGAAGUUAUAAACAUGUAAAACUUCUUUCAAAA